UUAAAGGAAUUACAAGAAACGGAAAAGAACUGAAACAACCAGAAAAUCUAAAAAAAAGCUAAGAAAAUCCAAAGAAAAAUAUUGGUCCUCCAAAAAAUUUAGAAAAGGCGGAGGUCUUAAAUAAGUAUGAGCACUAAGCGUGUGUUCAGUAUACAAAGUCCGCAUGGUCCAGGGGGAGUAUUCUUUGCCUGGCAAAGAACAAGUGGAGGAUACCUGGCCACUACAGGCUAUGACCAGGUGAUAAAUAUAUACAACCGGCAUGCAGAUGUUGUUGAGAAACUUAGACUUCCUGGCAUGUGUUCAUGCUUUGGAUGGGACAAGGAUGGUGAUCUGUUGGCUGUUAUAACAGAUAAAUCUGCAAAUCUAUUAAUCUGGGAUGCUAAUACUGCCAGGAGCCAAUGGUUGGAUACAGGGAUUAGAGACCCAUUGAACGUCCUGAUCUGGUCAAAAACAGGACCAACCCUAGCGAUCGGGAGCUAUCGAGGGAAUUUAAUGAUAUAUAAUCAUAAAACUGCUAAACGAGUUCCAGUAAUAGGAAAGCACAGUAAGGCUAUAACAUGUGGUGCCUGGAGUUCAGGAAACCUGUUAGCUCUAGGUUCAGAGGAUAGAACACUUUCAAUAUCUAACUUGGAUGGAGAUACUGUCAGGAUGGCUACCCUGCGAGCUGAACCUGCGGAUAUACAGUUCUGUGAGAUGAAACAGGACGAAAGGAGUAACACGGAGAAUACUGUUAGUUUGAUUGUUGGUGGAAAGACUCUUUAUCUGUUCAAUAUGUUUGACCCUGAGAACCCCAUAGAGCUGGCCUUCCAGUCCAGAUACGGGAAUAUCAUCUCGUACAAGUGGUUCGGAGAUGGGUAUAUACUUAUUGGCUUCUCUGCUGGAUAUUUUGUGGUGAUAUCCACCCACAUGAAGGAGAUUGGACAAGAGUUGUUCCAGUCUAAAAAUCACAGGGAGAGCUUGACUGGAAUAUCCAUCAGUACUGCAAUAGGGAAAGCAGCAUCGUGUGGUGAUAACAUGAUCAAGAUCCAUGAACUGAAUGAUCUGAAGGAGACGAGUAAUGUGAUCACACUGGACGAUGAACGAGGCCUGGAUCACAUGGAUUGGUCCGAAGACGGUCAACUUCUAGCGGUAUCGACCUCCAAGGGUAACCUGCAUGUUUACCUAUCUAAGCUGCCCCUACUGGGAUCAUCCUGUCAGACUAGGGUGGCCUACCUGACCUCCCUCCUCGAGGUGACCGUCACCAACGCCGUGGAGAAUAUGGGGAGUAUAGUUGUUGGGGCCGAUAUAGAACCUGCUUUUCUAGCUCUAGGACCUUUCCAUCUAGCACUUGGGAUGAAUAAUAGGGCCUGGUUCUACCUACUGGGGGAAGCUAACGUAGAUCUGAUGCGUGACCGUGAAUAUCUAGGGACUGUUCAGGAUAUUCAGCUCAAUGCUGAUUAUUGUGCUGUCAGGUAUGAUGGUAAGAUCCAGCUCCAUGUUCUUGAAUCUGAAGGAUUAGUAUCGGAGGAACGUGAAUCUAAGAUAUUCCCGGAGGCGGGGAGAACUGACGUGAUCAGCUGUAUGGCGCUUACCCCCGACUUCUUGAUCUGGGGAACAGAUAUGGGAGGGUUAAACUACUUCUAUAUAGAAGACUGGGCAGUUAUCACGGAGUUUAAACAUAUUACAGGUAUCAAGAGUAUAUCUGCUGAACCAAGUGGGACCAAGAUUGCCUUCUUGGAUGCCAAGAACCAGGGAUACAUAUAUACUCCUGUUACAGGGGCAAUCCUUCUUCUCAGAGAGGUCCCUUCAAGUACGAAGCUGAUAUUAUGGGAUCAGAGUCCGCUUGAUAAAGAUGUUUUGGUCGCAUAUGACGGGGAAGCUCUUCAUACAUUAAUCCUGGACUUGGAUAAUGUUUCAGGAUCAACCACUACAUCCCUAGGUAUGACCCGUGUCCCCCUGGGUCAGUAUCCUGUUCUACUGUAUAGUGGAGAGAUGUCUUUACAGACACAGUCAGGGAAACUUGUCAAGCUAACACUCUCAUCUCAUGAUAUCAGUGGAAAGAUAACUGAACUGAAAGCUGGAGACCUUAAAGAUCUUCUGAAUAAGAACCUGAAGCUGGGUAGAUUAAACAAUAGCUGGGCAAUCUGUCAACUUCUAAACGAUGACCAGGAUUGGGAUGUUCUUGCUCGAGUUGCUCUAGAGAAGCUUGAGGUUGAUUUUGCGACCAGAGUGUACAGGCAUAUCAAGAAUAUAUCCAUGGUCUGGAGUCUAGAGGAACUUAAAGGACUAGAGGACAAAAAUCUACUCUCGGGACAUAUUUCUUUAAUGCUAGGAGACUAUGCACAGGCUCAGAACCUGUUUCUCCAGUCUAGCAGCCCUGUUGAAGCUUUGCACAUGCGCAGAGAUCUUCUGCAAUGGGACCAGGCGCUUACUUUGGCGGACAGGUUGGCGCCAGGAGAAACACCUCUAAUCAGUCGGGAGUAUGGUCAGCAGCUAGAGUUUACAGGAGACUAUCCUAGCUCAUUAGCUCACUAUGAGAGAGGACUACUACUCAAGAGUAAGGGAGGCGAUGAGGGGGAGGAGCUAGAAGAGCACAAAGCCGCCUGUAGAGCUGGUAUUGCCAGGAUGGCUUUACGAUGCGGAGAUGUUAGAAAAGGGUUGACAAUGUGUCAGGAGGCUAAAUCUCGACAGCUUAAUAGGGAGUGUGCUGAGAUACUGGAGAGUAUGAAACAGUUGGGAGAAGCUGCUCAAUUAUAUGAAUCCUCUCAAUAUUAUGAUAAGGCUGCCCACCUGUACAUAAAGAUGAAGAACUGGACCAAGAUUGGACAGAUCCUGCCCAACAUAUCCUCGUCUAAGAUCCAGCAGCAGUUUGCCAGGGCCAAGGAAGCUGAUGGGAAGUAUAAAGAGGCUGUUGUAGCAUACGAGGCCGCCAGGGAUUAUGAUAGCGCUGUGCGUCUACUGCUGGAUAAACUCAAUGAUCCUGAGAAUGCUGUUAGAAUUGUCAAGCAAACUAAAAGUACUGAGGGAGCAAAGAUGGUUGCCAAGUUUUUCCAGAAAUUAAACGAUUUUUCCUCCGCCAUUCAGUUCCUUGUCCUAAGUAGAUGUGUAGAUGAAGCUUUCCAGUUAGCUCAGCAAAACGCAAAGAUGGAUCUGUUUGCUGAUAUUGUUGGAGACGGAGCUUCGCCAGAGGAUUAUCACAGUAUUGCUGUGUACUUUGAAGGAGAAAGAAACCAUCUUCAGUCUGGAAGAUUCUACUACAGAGCAGGCGAACAUUCUAAGGCGUUACGUCAUCUUCUGAAAGUUGCUGCAUCUACUAAUGAUGACUCGGAGGCGUUAAAUCUCGCUAUAGAGGUGGUUGGGAGCUCAGGACAAGCUCAUCUAGCUCGUCAGCUCAUUGAGUUCCUCAUGGGAGAAACAGAUGGAGUACCCAAAGAUGCUAAAUACCUGUUUCGGUUGUACAUGGCUCGCAAACAGUACAAGGAAGCUGCUAAGACCGCUGUUAUUAUUGCACGCGAAGAACAGAGCGCGGGAAACUACAGAAAUGCGCACGAUGUACUCUUCAAUAUGUACCAGGAGCUUGUUAAGAACAGGAUCUCAGUUCCAUGGGAGAUGGCAAAUAAUCUGAUGAUUCUUCACAGCUACACCUUGGCCCGUCUACAUGUCAGGCGUGGGGACCAUCUGCGUGGUGCACGAAUGCUUCUACGUGUUGCAAACAACAUCAGUAAAUUCCCUGCGCACGCUGUUCCUAUUCUUACCUCAACUGUCAUUGAAUGUCACAGAUCGGGUUUGAAGAAUUCUGCCUUCACUUACGCUGCUGUGCUCAUGAGACCAGAGUAUAGGAAGGAUAUUGAUGAAAAAUACAGGAUGUCAUAUUUUAGCAAUGAUGUUCCUGAAAGUGAGCUGUACUGUUCCCAAUGUAAGAACAAUCUACCCUACUGUAUAGCUACAGGGUUCCAUAUUCUCCAGAAUGAUCUGAGUUCCUGUCCACUCUGCAAGUUCCCAGCUACAAGAUCUGAGUUGUUGAAGCUGGUUGAGGAUGGUGUUGUAUGUCCCAUGUGUGUAGAAACUAUUGCUGUCAGUGAUAUCAAGUCUAUUGCUCCUGGACAGAUAGUUCGAGGUGGAUCCGAGAGAGAGGAAACCCAGCAACAAGAUGAGGAUAAUGAUGAUGAGGAGGAUAUGGGACGUAUUCUCUCCGGGUCAUCUUCCACCACACUCUCCUCUAGAGGUUCUAUAUCAACCUCUAUCAAGUAAAAGAACAAGGAUGUCAAGGCUCGAGGCAUCUAUUUAUAAAACUAAUGAAGCAGUAAUCUCUGUGUCUCCGAUCAUAACUCUUAAACCACUUGAUCGACUUGCCUCAAAUUUUGGUUGGGGAACUCGGAAAGGUUCUUUGUUUGGUUUUAGAAAUUCUAGACUGAGAUGGUUCAGUUUAGUUUCCAGGCAAAGCUGGGUUCCCAGGCUAUGACUUAAAUAUUAUUUAACGCACACUAAACUUAAAGAUUAUUUAAGGUCCUACAGCUUAUGCCUAGCUAAAUUACUUUACAUUGAACUAAAUUUAUUAAAUUCUACAUUUAUAAAUUCGUUUCGUGAAUAAUCUGAACUAUGAUUUUUUUUAAUUAAGACUCUUUUUAUUUGAACCAUGCCUAUAUCAGCAUAUUUUACUCUUAUUACAACACAUUUUUAAACGUCGAUCUCAAUUAUUAUUUAUUUUUUUCAGUUUGUUCAAAUUUAUUUGACGGCAUAAACCUUCUCACAAAAGUGAUCGGCAGCCUUUCUUAUUCAAGUUUAAUGUUUAAGUCUCUUUUUCAUCCGUUGUUUGAUAAAUCUCAGUCAGUAUCAUUUAAAAACAUUUUGAUCUCAUUCUUUAGUCCAUGAUUUUUAUUUUUACUGUUCUUAAUAUAUUUUUAUCAUGUUUUGUUAUAAACCAGCUAAUAAGGUUCCUGGCUCUCAUAUAAACCAAAGAUAUGUUAUUAUUGUAACCUGCACAUCACUGUGAUAUUUAUCUACACAAAAACCGUCCACCUGAGCACUUGUCUCUUUCUAUUCUGUGAUUUCAAACAAAUUGUAUAUGUUAUGUGAUUUGACCCAGACUAUUCGUUUUGAGAUAAAAGUUUUCAAUUUUUGUAAGAGAAAGAACUUCUGCUGCGUAGUUCAAUGGCCGAAUAUAAAGAAUUUGAGCGGCGGUUUAAAUUUAAGCCGCGGCUUAAAUAUGGACUACCGAGUUUUCUGAAUGAAAAAAAAAUAAUUUUUUUUCUGGAAAUAAAGCAUUUUAAAUUCCUUUGAAGGCGACAUAACAUGGACUUAGAACCAGAAAACUCUAGAAUUCGAAGACUACAUUAAAUCAUUAAUGAAGUGUACAACGCAAAUAUUGGUCUCGAUUGUUGUCUCAUGUUCAUUGGCAUAAAUAAAUAAAUAAAUAAAAGAUCAACCAUCAUUCUGUGGAAAUCAAGGCCUAAACAUAAGUCUAAAAGUCUUUUUUUCUAUUCCAGAGUUUUAUGGAGCUUACUGUAUAUUGGAUAAUAUAAUAUACUGUAUGUUCUGUGAUUUGACCCAAACUAGUCGUUUUGUGAUCAAAAUUUGCACAACCGUACACUUGUGUUCUUGUAUAUUUAUUUUAUUAUGAAGAUUAUCAAACUUUGUAAAACGUUACCAAGCAAAUAUAUUUAUGACACCAAAUA